GCAAUGUCUGUAUCUGUGUAUGCUGCUGCGCUCAAAUUUAGUUUCUGUGUACAUACUAUACAGUGUAGGCUAGCUUAGUUGUGCUUGAGUUUGACAUCUAAUAAGCAAUUAUUAUCAUUCAGGUCAGCAUUUCAUACUUCAUAGGUGCUUUUUAACAGGUUGUCACGGUGUAAACAUAAACAAACAGUAUAAAUGAAAUACAUUAGCAGCUAAAAUAAUCGAAUGGUGCAAGAGUAAUUGUUUUAUGGUCACAUUCGCUUGAUUGCAGUUGUUACGACGAUAUAUUUGUUGUCGUUGGAGAAAUAUGGCAAAGUCAAACCCGCUAAACAGAAGAGGGACCGUUAAAAACUUGGCUAGUCUGUACGAUGGAUUGGCUGCCAAGGAAGAAAAAGAUAUUGUGCUGCAGCGUACAAGGAGCAUAUCAGGUCGAUCCCUCGGUUCACCAUCACCAACUUCACCAAUGACUCAAGAUUUCGUUCAAAUUGAUGAAGGAGUAAAACAAGAGAACACACCUUUAGAUGAAGAGCGGACAAUUGAGCCAGCAGAUGAUGAACAGAAGAAAACUACUGAACAAGAACAGCUAGCCACUACUGAACCAGAACCAGCAGCCACUAUAACUGAGACAGAACCUGAAUUAGCAUCUACCACUGAGGCAGAACCUGAACCAGAACUGGCAGCAACUACUGAGCCAGAAUCGGCAGCCACUAGCGAACCAGACAUGGUAUCGACCACUGAAACAGAACUUGCAUCUUCCACUGAACCAGAAGUAGCAGUAACUACUGAAGCAGAACCGAAAACCAUUGACGAACCCGAACCAGUAGCUGCUAUUGAAUCAGAAUCGGCACCCAUCGCUGAAGCAGAACCGGAAACCAUUGCCGAACCUGAACCAGUAGCUGUUAUUGAAUCAGAAUCGGUACCCACCACUGAAGCAGAGCCAAAAACCACUGCCGAACCCGAACCAGUAGCUGCUAUUGAAUCAGAAUCGGCACCCACCGCUGAAGCAGAAUCGGAAACCAUUGCCGAACCCGAACCAGUAGCUGCUAUUGAAUCAGAAUCGGCACCCACCACUGAAGCAGAACCGGAAACCACUGCCGAACCCGAACCAGUAGCUGCUAUUGAAUCAGAAUCGGUACCCACCACUGAAGCAGAACCGGAAACCAUUGCCGAACCCGAACCAGUAGCUGCUAUUGAAUCAGAAUCGGCACCCACCGCUGAAGCAGAGCCGGAAACCACUGCCGAACCCGAACCAGUAGCUGCUAUUGAAUCAGAAUCGGCACCCACCGCUGAAACAGAACCGGAAACUAUUGCCGAACCCGAACCAGUAGCUGCUAUUGAAUCAGAAUCGGCACCCACCACUGGAGCAGAACCGGAAACCACUGCCGAACCCGAACCAGUAGCUGCUAUUGAAUCAGAAUUGGGACCCACCGCUGAAGCAGAACCGAAAACCACUGCCGAACCCGAACCAGUAGCUGCUAUUGAAUCAGAAUCGGCACCCACCGCUGAAGCAGAGCCGGAAACCACUGCCGAACCCGAACCAGUAACUGCUAUUGAACCAGAAACGACACCCACCACCGAAGCAGAACUGGAAACCACUGCCGAACCCGAACCAGAAUCAACAAUCGCUGCUGAUAUCGAGGCUGCUGCAGCACAUGCGGAAGCAGAACAAUUAUCCUCAGAUGCACCAACUGUUAUCGAAAAUGGAGCGAGUGUUAACGGAGUGACAGUUGUUCCAUUGAAUGUGGGAAUGGAGGCGACACAAAGGAAGAUAGGAGAAGAUGAAGCAAUGACGGAGGAGUUGAUACAGCGGGUUGAGAAACAAGAGAGAGAGAAAAAGAAAUCUAAAAAGGAUAAGAAAAACAGAGACGAAAAAAAGGAAAGGAAACAUAAAGAUAAAGGGGAGAAAACUACUGAAGAUAAAGAUGGGCAUGCGAAAAAAUCUAAAAAAUCUAAGAAGAGCAAGUCAUAAUAUUAAUUUAAAACCGAUAGGAUUGAGUGAUUGAUUUGGCUUCUUGGAAAGCUGCAAAUCAUAUGAUCAGCUGUUCUAGCUCGGGAUUAUAUUGCUUUCCAGAUUUUCAAAAUAUAUAUCUAUUCGAAUUUGCUUUCUUUUAUUCAGGGACCAUUUGCUGUAAUUCAUGAAUUUCAUGCUUUAAAUCACCAUGAAUUUUAACGCUGGCAUUCUGAAUUUUUGGAUAUCGCCAUUGCAAUAACGGCAUAUGGAUUAGGGAGGUGCGGGCUUGAUUAGCCUUCAAAG